ACUUAAAGGAAGUAAAGUCUACAUUUACUGAAGGCUCACAGUGUCAAGAUCAGGACCUGCAUUCCAAACAACAAUCCAGAAUGAUUGCAGAAACCAGAAAGGACGAAGUGGUGCUGGUUGAUCUGUUUGACUCAGGUUGUCAUAUAAACUUCCACAAGGAAAAAGCAUUGCAGCAUGUCUGGAGUAUCAUUGAUAAACGGUAUAGCACAAACGUUCCCUUCACCUACUUCAUGUGCUACCAGGAUUCUCCAUGCAACAACAAUAACUCAGAUACAUCGCCAGAUACUAGAGCAAUAUGUAUGGACAUUUUGAAAAAUGGAUAUAAGAUUGUAGGAGACUCAAACAUGGCAGCAAUACUUUAUACCAUCAAACAAGAAAUUGAUGCACAGAACAUAAGCACAAUUCUUGUCAUCCUGCCUCAGCAUAGGAAACUACAAAUGGAUAUAUAUGUAUACAAUCUGUUUACUGCCUUAUACACAUUCACUUUGGAAUGUUUAAAUAUACACAAUGAGGACAAAAUGAUAAAACAAUGUGGCGUACAAGAAGAAGACAACACAUUUGCUGAUGAGGAGUCUGGCGAGCUGGCAAGAAGGAAUAUACAAACAUAUUUAGAAAGCCUCCCAGGUCUGAAAGGGAAACUGGUCAUCCUUACAUCACGUCUGAUCCCAGAGGACAUCUUUCAACACGGCUUUACAACAAGAUGUGGUGGAAUAUCUUAUAUACCAACUCUCAGCGCAUUAAACCUCUUCAGCAGCUCAAGGAGGAGAGACCCAAAGGCGGUUGUUGAAGAAAACCUGCGUCGUCUUGGAAAGGUUGCAGGGUUUGAUCCUCAGACAUAUGUCCCAGUGAAGGUUGAUCAUGCUGAGAAUGUUUGGAUAAUAGGAAAACCGGAACCUGCCUGGUAUGACGGAAUAGUGACCAAUCAGAAAGGAGUGACCAUAGCAGCUCCUGGUGCAGACUGUAUACCAAUUAUUUUCUGUGAUCCAAUAAAAAAGGCAUGUGGCGUAGCUCAUUCAGGCUGGAAAGGGACGCUGCUAGGAAUUGCAAUGUCCACAGUAAACGCUCUGACAUCAGAGUAUGGGAGUGAUAGGAAGGACAUACGGGUUGUACUGGGCCCGUCAGUGGGACCGUGCUGCUUUACCCUAGCACAAGAGGAAGCCCGAGCCUUCCAUGACAUCGACCCACGGUGUGUGCGGCAGUUUGAGUCCCCAAACCCAUACGUGGAUAUCAGAAGAGCAACACGGAUUCUACUGGAACGUGGUGGCAUCCUGCCACAGAAUAUUCAAGAUGACACCAUUGUGGACAAGAGUAGAGAUGUCACCCUUUGUACCUCCUGCCACGCUGAUACAUUUUUCUCUAACGUUCGGGAUGGCAGUAAUUUUGGAACUCAAAUCUGCUUCAUAUCUAUUAAAGAAUAACACUAACAGCCACAUCAAUAAAUUACAUCUACGAUUAAGAAUAACGAUGUGAAAGUGAAGACAUGCACAUUAUUUAAUAUUGUAUGAGAAGCUAAAUGCAAUGAACCUUGUAAGACUGUACACUUAUUGCUGAGGAAAACCAUCCAGUAAGUAAAAACCUCUAAACCUCCUGCUGUCAUCGGGAGGCAGUCGUUAGGUCAACAUACAUUGGGUCGACCACUGAAGGUCAACAUGCAUUAGGACGACAUGGUCACUAGGUCGACAUGUACUAGGUCGACAUGCAAAAAGGUCGACAUGAGUUUUCUUACAAUUUUUUUUUCAUUUUUUCACCUUUUUCAUACUUAAUGCUCCCCGUGGACUACAAUUAGGAAUGGUAAUCUGUGCCAAGUGCAGCGGUAGUGGAGCGAGUCAUUUUGCCCGAAGCAUGGCGAGCAAAGCGGUGCACUAGUUGGGGUUCCCCGUCACUUUACGAAGAAAACAACACCAAAAACAGUCAAAAAACUCAUGUUGACCUUAUGACCUUGUCGACCUAAUGAACCACACCCCUGUCGUUUGUCUGUGUACACUGCUCAAUAUCCACAAAGGUGACAAGUUGACGGGGUUAUGUCUUAGUGCUCGGUGCACUGACAGCGCCCCACAGCUUUGACUGCACUACACGCACAAUGGAAAAUUCUGGAGUGUGCCAGGCAAGUGUCGCACAAUUUGAUGCAUCCUCUUCACUUUAGGAAGUGUCAUAUUUCACUACUGUUCUAAAGCAAGAUUUGCUUGAGCAGUGUGAUGAAGAGAUGUGUCUUCGACGAGCUCUGCGUCACUCAACUAUACAUAAUAGUAUUUUAUAUUACUGUAUAUAUGAGCUUUACAAAUUGCAUUCUCUGGGGGUUAUUUAUAAAAAAAAUGCAACGUUGCAGUGUAUAUUUUUAUGUAUAAAACAUCUGUUUUGCCUCCUGUGCACAAUGCAAAGUUGCACGCCUGCUCCUGCUUUAAAAAGUAAAAAAAUGGGCCUGUAGUCUGUCGUAUUAAUACACACCUCAGCAUAGUCCUACCUGAUUUAGGGGGUGAUUUAGAUCUGAUCGCUGCUGUGCAUUUUCGCACAGCGGGCGAUCAGGUACUAACUGCGUAUGGACCGCAGUGCACACGUGCGUCGGACAGCAACAAAGGGCAUCGCUGGUCAGCGACAGGAUGGUGCAAAAAAUCUGUUCACACAGGCGUUCGCAAGGUGAUUGACAGGAGGUAGCCGUUUGUGGGUGGUAACUGACUGUUUACUGGGAGUGUCCGGAAAAACGCAGGCGUAUCCAAGCAUUUUCAGGGAGGGUGUGUGACGUCAGCUCUGGACCCAAUCAGCCUGAUGUGAUCACACUGUAGGAGUAAGUCCUGGGCUGCGCAGAGACUGCACAAAGUGGAUUUUAGCAGCUCGGCGUACACAUAUCACAAUCGCACUCUUGCACGGCGAAUAUACACUCCCCCUGAAGGCGGCGACUAUCUGAAUGUAGGACAGCAAAAUUAGCAGCUCAGCGAUCAGAUCUGAAUGACCCCCUUAGUGUUAUCUGUAAUUCUCAUUGGAGGAUCAUUUGUCUACACUCAGAGGAGGGGACCAUGUUGUAGGCAAAGGUACUUACUGGUGGCAUUAAAGAAGCACUUUGUACCUUAAGCAUCAGGGGUCUGACCAUAUCUUGGUGAAUUGAUGGGAUGAAUGGCUGCCCCUGCUGGGCCUGAUUUAGAGGUGGAUGCUACUGCAUCCACACUGGCGCGCUUUGGCCCAUUCACAGGUGUGAUAAUAUGCAAAUGCUAGUUUCAGCCCUCCCCUUGUGCACUAGUGUGCGACGGAAUUUGCAGGUACUGAGAUGCCCAUUUUCUGUGUCCCUAUAUGCAGUAGCAUCACUGGUGGUUCCAUACAGUCCACUUCUGCGUACCAUCGCGUCCUCCAGCACUAUGGCAUGCGCAGUGUCUCCGUCUGAACAUGGUUUUUGUGGAAGCGGCAUUGCGCCUGAGAAUGCCGUGCGCUUGCAGUGACACACAAGACAUUCCCAUAACACACGAGACUAACGUUUUUGCAUUCCCAUCAGGUAACCUACCAGACACCGCCCACGGCAGCUCAUUGCCUUGCUUCUACAGUUCAGAAACCAGCUCUCCCGUACACAAUAGCACAUUGGUGCAGACACUUAGGGUAAUGCAUGCGCUGUAGGGGUUUCCAUAUUCUAUGCAUGCACAGUAGUAAUUAAUGGCUUAGCCAUGCAAACAUUGGCAUGUUGUGUGCAUCACCUCUGAAUCAGGUGGCAGUAACAAGUCAGGGCACAUCUGUCCUUUCUCUGUCUCAUGUGUGGCAUUUUUACUUAACAUGUAAUUACACAAACUAAUUUACAAAAUAAAAUUUUACAAAAUAAAAUUCAUACUGACUAAACAAAAUGCUACUUUGUUAUGUUUUUCUGCAUUUACAUGAAGAAUCUGUGUGGCUUAGUGCGCCAUCAGUAUAAAAUGGCCAGCCCUGCCUAGGUCGGCCACAGUCAUUGCUAUUUUGAUGUGCUAUAGCAUGCAUCCAUAUAUAUGUUCAUUAUUGUACACAAAUGGCUACAUGAAGUCAUG